AUGAGCCAGCCUGCUGCGGCUGCCCAUAGCCGCAGCCUUCCUGGGGGACGCAGCAACAGCAACAGGAGCAACAGCAACAGCAGCAGCAGCCGCGACAGCUGCAGCAACUGCAGCUGGGCGAGCAACUACAGCAGCAGCUUGGUAAGCAACCGCAGCAGCAGCAACAGAGACAUCAGCAGCAGAAGCAACGCAGGCAGCAGCGGCGGGAGCCGCACGUUGCAGCGGCCGAGGUCUUCUGUUUCGUCUUCAGCAUCGGCGUCUUCUGCUGCUGCUGCUGCUGCUGCUGCUGCAGCAGCAACAGCAGCGGCAGCAGUGCGGCUGUUGACAAGCACAAGUUCGGUGGGAGGAGCCUCAGGGCCUUCGUAUUCAUCCCUUCACGGCUCCAGCAGCAGCAGCAGCAGCAGCAGCGGCAGCAGCAGCAGCCGUUGUCAGCAAGAACCUGCUGCUCCGGCAGCAGCCGCAGGAGCAGCAGCAGCAGCAGCAGCAGUGCAGGGAGGCAUCCGCAAAGGGGUUGUCGGCUUCGGUGAAGACGCGAGACAGCGGCGUAGGAGCUGCAGCAACAGCAGCAGCAGCAGCUUCUGCAGCAGCUGCAGCAGCAGCAGUAACAGCAGCACCGUCAACAGCAAAAGGACUGUGACCCGUUGGAACCCCCUGCAGCAGCAGCAGCAGCAGCAGCAGCAGCAGCAGCAGCAGCAUGUGGGAAGCCAAACUCCUCAGCAAUUCGGCGUGUCGCUGGACGCCCAGCAGCAGCAGCAGCAGCAGCAACCGACUGAUACUGAGCAGGCAGGGGGUCAGGCCCUGUCUUGCCGCAGCAUACAGGGGCAGCAGCACAGCCAGCAGCAGCAGCAGCAACAACAGCAGCAGCAGCAAGAGCACGAUUCUGAAGAAGAGCGCAAACGACAGCAGCAGCAGCGGCUGCAGCAGCUGCAGCAGCAACUGGAUCAGCUGCUGCUCUUUUUCCAGCAGCACAUGCAGCGUCAGCAGGAGCAGCAGCGGCAGCUGCUGCUGCAGCAGGAGCAGCUUCAAGAGCAGCAAAGACAAGCAGAGUUGCGGUGGCUGCGGGAGCAGCAGCAGCAGCAGCACUACCGUCUCUCUCGCUGGGCAGUGGAGCAGGGCCUCAGGCGUGAGGUGGUGCAGCAGCGGCUGCUGCGGCCCAUGCUGCAGCAGCAGCAGCAACUGCUGCAGCAGCAGCAGCAACUGCUUCAGCAGCACCAGUUGCGGCAGCAGCAGCAAACAAUUCCUUUACAGCACCAGCUGCAAAGGCUUGCCCUUCAGGAGCAGCAGCAGAUGCAGUACUCUGAACUGCUGCUCCGUGGGGCGUCGUUUUCUGAACAUCAGCAGCAGCAGCAGCAGAGUCUUCAGCCGCAGCAGCAGCAGCAGCAGCAGUUGCUGCAGCACGAAGACUGGGCCUCUCUUUCCCUGGAGGUGUGGAGUGAGUGCAGCGGCAGCGACAGAGGAGACACUGGACGACUCGCGCUUUUUGCUGCGCAGCAGCAGCUUGAUGUUGCAGUUGUUAAGAGGUGGGGCAGCAGCAGCAGCAGCAGCAGCAGCAGCAUCUGGCAGCUGCUGUGGCGCCUUUGGCUGGGCUGGCUUGAAGGAUACUUCAUUGCCUUUGUUGCUGUUGCCGAGUUUGCUGCGCUGCAUACACGUAGAGGUGCAGCAGGAGCAGCAACAGCAACUGCAGCAGCAAAAGCAGCAGCAGGUGCUGCUGCUGCGGCAACAGCAGCUGCCAGUGCAGCCGUCGCUGCUGCUGCUACAGCAGCAGGCGCCACUGCUGCAGCAGCAUCGGAGAUUAUACACAAAGGCGCGCAAUUGCUGCAGCAGCUGCAGCAGCAGCAGCACCAGCACUUCAUCGGGAGCAGCAGCAGCAGAUCUGCUGCUGCUCCCUGCUUCAUGGGGCCUGCGGUGUCUGUGCACUUCUUGCUCGAGCCCCCCAGUUGCGGCAGCAGCAGCAACAGCUGCUGCUGCAUCAGCAGCAGCAACUCCGCAACAGCAGCAGCUCUCACAGAUGCUGCGCUCCACAGCAGCAACAGCGGAGGUCGUCACAGCAACAGCAGCAGAAAAAUUAGCAGCGGGCUUCGCCGCCUGCAGAGACCUCGGCAAGAGAGUGCAGCUGCAGCAGCAAAAGCAGCAGCAACACUUACCGAAGCAGCAGCAGCAGCAAACCAACCGACCCAGUGGGUUCAUAUGGACCUCGCUGAUGCAGCAGCAGCAGCAGCAGAAGCUGCUGCUGCUGCAAUGCCUGCAGAGUAUGACGGCGCUGCUGCACUGCAGCGCCUCUAUCCAGAAGCUCUUGCAGCAACAGAAGCAGCAGCAACCGCAACAACUGCCCCUCCACCAACCGCAGCAGCAGCGCCAGCUGCAGCAACCCAACCGGUUUCGAAAGCAGCAACAGCAGCAGCCGCAGGAACAGCAGCAGCAGCAGCAGCAGCAGCAGAGCCCUUAAAGGCUUCAGCCCUCCCCACCGGUCGCUUGUCUCGUGCGCUGCACUUUGGGGCGUUGCUGCUGCGGCUAGCAGCAAGAACCACGUGGAGAUAUCUGCUGAAGGCACUCCGAAUCAGCAGCAGCAGCAGCAGCAGCAGCGCUGGGGCAGCCACAGCACCCACUGCUGCGGCAGCUACUGCUGCUGCUGCUGCUGAGUACGAUCACGAGCUUUCGCCCGCGGCGGCAGAAGCAGCCCGCCUUCUGAGCUCCCUGGAGCAGCAGCAGCAGCAGCAGCGGCAGCUGCAACAGCUACAAACGCAGCAGGCACUGCAGCAGCAGCAGCAGUCGUCGCAGCAGCAGCAGCAGCAGCAGCAGCAUUUGCUUGACGGGGUGACGGCGCAGAUCCUAACAGAUAAAAUCUGUCGCAUGCGGGGCGCUGCACUUAAAUGUUUGCAGAUGCUGAGCAUGGCUGGAGAUUUGCUGCCUCCUCCUCUUAUCAAUGCGCUGCAGCGCUCGCGGGAGACUGCCGAUGCUAUGCCUGCUGCGCAGACCGAGAAGGUGCUGCGGCGCGAAUUGGGGGCAGACUGGCGGCGGCACUUCAGCGAAUUUAAUUUGCAGCCGUUUGCUGCUGCCAGCAUUGGGCAGGUUCACAAGGCUGUGCUGCGCAAUGGAGAUAAGGUUGCAGUUAAGCUGCAAUACCCGGGUAUAGCUACGUCUAUCCGAUCUGAUGUGGGGAGUUUGCUGCUGCUGCUGCGGCUGUUUGGUGGUGUGUCUCCUUCUCUAUUUCUGGAUCAGCUAGCAGCAGCAGCAGAGAAGGAGCUGCUAGCAGAGUGCAGCUAUUUAAAUGAAUAUCAGCUGCAGCAGCUCUUCAUGCUGCUCGUCAAGCGAGACUUUGCUCGCAGCAUUCAGGUUCCUGCUGCUUAUCCUCAGCUUACCACCAAACAUAUCAUUACUUCUCAACUCAUUGAAGCGACCCCGCUUGCUGUGGCGGCACAGACUGCUUCUCAAGAAGAAAGAAAUAGGAUUGGGGAGCUGCUGCUGCGGCUGGUCCUGAGAGAAAUAUUCAUAUACCGCCUCAUGAAUACCGACGCGAACCCUGCGAAUUUUCUUUGGGAUGGCGAUGCGCGUUGUCUUUGGCUGUUGGAUUUUGGCGCGGGGCGUUCGUUUUCCGUGGAGUUUGUCGAUGCCUACAGACGGCUGCUGCUGGCGGUUAUUGCUGAGGACCGCCGAAUGGUGGAGGCAUAUGCAACAGAAUUAGGGUUUAUAGGAGCUGGCGAUACACCUGAAUUUAUUGAGGCGCAGUGCUCUGUCUUUGAGCUAAUCGGACAGCCAUUCAAAAUACCCGAAGGAAGCAGCAAAACGCAUGCAGUAGAUUUUGGGGCUUGGCCUCUGCUGCAGCAGCUGCAGCAGCAAAUGAAGCAAACAGUGCAGCAGAGAACGAGACCCCCACCUGUUGAGGUGUAUUCGCUGCAUCGCAAGCUUGUUGGUAGUUUCUUACUCAUUCAAAUGCUUAAAGCGCAUGUACAAGCGCCUCAAAUCUUUAGAGAUAUCUGCUGCGAGUUGGAGAGGGGAACGAACGAUCCCAGCUGCGCUUUGAACAGCAGCAGCGGCAGCAGCAACAACAACAGCAACAGCAGCAGCAGCAGCAGCAGCAGCAAGAGCCGCAGCAGCAGCAGCUGCAGCAGCAAGGGCUAA